AAACGUCUUUCAUUUUUUUCUGUUUUGGCUCUACUGGAUUGACACUGAUGUCGCGGGAAAAUCUUGUCAGUUGCGAAACUUUUCCGACCGAUAAAAACGUUUGUAGAAUGGGGCAUCUAUAGCAAAGGGGGAGAUAAUGGGGCUGUUACAUGAUUCCAGACAUUUUUACCUUGCAAUCUGUCUCCCUGUAAAACGUAUUGCCAUGGGAACCCUAUCACCAGGAUUGCUAUGUGCGAGAGCUGAAGUCAAUGUGAUGGACUCGGCAAAGAGUUGGGUUGUUGCCGCUGCCUGCUGCUGGGUCAAUGCAUUUUCCUACGCCGUAUUUCGGUCGACAGCGGUGCUGUUUGUGAACAUCGUCCAAUCACUCGGCACGACGAGAGAAGAGGCUUCUUGGCCAAUCUCACUGAUGGGAAUAUUCUACUGCCUUUCAGCGCCUGUGGCGGGAAAUUUGGCCAAGCACGUGGCUAUUUGGAAGCUAACAGUGUGCGCAAGUCUGGUGGCACCCCUCUCUCUGGCUGUCUGCUUCUUCGGAAACAGCAUGCCUUUUCUCGUUGUAUUUUUGGGAAUCUUACAUGGCACAAGCCUGGGCUUCUUUUCGCUCUUCAACACGGUCAUUGGAGAGCAUUUUUCGCGCUAUCGGGCCAUCGCUUCGGGGAUAGCCAGUUCAGGAUAUACCAUCGGAGGCCUCGUCUUUCCACCAUUGUUUCAAGUUUUGUUUGACGAGUAUGGACUGAGAGGAGGGCUCUUACUAUGUGGCGCCAUCGCAUCCCACGCCCUGGGUGGCGCCCUUUUUUAUAGGCUUCCGCCAGGAGCAAAUGAGUAUUUUCCGAGUACAAUGAAUGGAACUUCUACUAAAAAUGGUGGUACGCGCGAAACAAAGGCAGAGAACCUCAGAAGAGUUAUAUCAUACGCCGAAGAAAUGAAUCAUUCGACACUUGACGUCAAUUCAGGGAGAAAAAAAUUGGGUGACCAGGAUAUUCAGCAGAAUUUACGAGGAAGCCGUUGUUUCCUCAACCGUACAAUACAAUCACUUUCUGACAAUAAUAUGCCAUCAGAGAAGACAAACAUGCUAGACUCAAAGUUCAAAAGUAACGAAAGACAAAGUUUUAAGAUCACCCUGCCCUCGUUUUUUAGACUUCCGAUGUUCUACAUGAUUGCUCUCUCCUACGCGCAAAUCCUCUUCAAUAUGUCAACUUACCUGACGGUCAUCGUGGACUUUGCAACGGACAGGGGUGUUUCCAAGUGGAAUGCAGUUCUUCUUAUCGCGAUUUACGGAGUGGCAGAUGUGGCAUCCAGGUUCGGGUCUGGUUGGAUCUCGGACAAGAAAUGUAUAAAGAGGAGCGCCAUGAUGAGUCUGCACUUUUUACUCUGGGCGGUGUCCUAUUUUAUGCUGGCUUCCACCACCCACUACACUUUUCAGGUUGUGUCGGCCAUCACCGCUGGCUGGAGCAACGGUGCCACUUCGAUGCUAGUCCCCAUCCUUGUGAUGGAACUCGUUGACGCUCAGCAAUUCAGUUUGUGCUUCGGGUUUGUAACGCUCAUCAUCGUACUACCUUUCUCCGUUAGACCCGUCAUGAUCGGUUUUUUUAGAGACACACUGGGAGACUACCAAGGCAUGUUCACGGUACUGGGGGUUUGCUUAAGUAUAAGCGCACUCCUCUGGAUGUGGGUUCUCGUGCGAGAACGGCGGCAAGAACAGGAUUUGCAGAAAAGCAAUAAAGUGAUCGCAUAAAAAGAUGUGAUCAAAAAUCAUCUUCAGCCGUUCGUUUAAUUUGUGGCGUCACUUUUUGUGGAAGAUCUUCAAUAAAGUCAUAUAUGAAGUUUUUGUAA